ACAAUAAUAAUUCAAAAACAUUUUUUUAUUUAUAACGCUGAUUUGUUAAAUUUUCAAAAGAAAAAAAGUCAAAUUAAGUCUCAGAAUGCACAUUUUAACGAAAAUCUUAUGGACUGUCAUCUUCAGCAUUUUAAUUUCAGAAACUGCAAUGAUUUUGAAACAUACAUCAUACAAUAAAGAAAAUAAAAAUAUAAAAAAAAACAUUUUAAACAUUACAUUGAGAGAUGAUAUAAACACAACAACAAAAGUGAAAUCCAUACGGGAAAUAAUGUUUCCUAUUAUAUUUCUUUUCUUUAUGACUUGUUUAAUUUUAUUAUUAAUUAUAACUGUGAUUUGGUUCCGUUGCCCACAUUGGUUUCGUACAUACGUGUUUGAUAUACCUUACCAUCUUCAACUUUAUCGUCGUUCUUAUUCUGAUCAACCUCAUGUCCAACAACUAAACGAUUUGCAGGUUGUAUGUACAAGAAUAAAUGAGUCGACUGAGGGCAACGAAAAUACAGAAGAAAAUUAUUAAUUCCCUAUCUUUCUAUUAAUGUUACUUUAUAAUGCAUUAUUUCAUUUAUUUGUAAUACUUUUAAAAUGCAUGAAAAAUCACAUUUAAUUUAAUUCAAACUUAACAAGUCUUAACAAGUUUGUGGUGUAAAAGGAAGAGGAGUAAAACUGCUGACAUAAGUUCACAACAUCGAUUACUUAAUGUAGUGGAUACAGUUUCAAAAAUAAAAUUGUUAGAUUAUUUUUCUAUUAUUGGUAUUACACUCCAGAUACUAGAUUAUUAGAUUAUAUGACAAUUUUAUCUUUUAAUGUGUUACAUUUCUGAAUUAUGGAAAAUAAAAUGCCAAAGUAUAAAUUUUUUGCUUAUACAUCAAAAUUUUUAUUUUGUUAAUAUAAGUUAAUUUAAUUACUUUUUUUAUUUUGAUUAUUAGCAUACAUGUGACAAAAUGACUAACUGUGUUAAUGAAAUCUAUAAUAUAUAAAACAGUCAUAAAUUGAUAAAGUCUUAAUUAAUGGCAUUAUUUUCUAAUUGUCAAAGUUUUCAAAAUAAUUUAAUAAUUGACAAAUAUAAAGGUAACCCUAAAAAGUUCGUGUAUAUUUUUCAAAGUUUUUUUUACAUGCGAAACAGACAGUUUCAUAUGCAAAAUAAAGAUUGAAACAGAGGUUGCUGGAUUUUUUACUUUUAAAGACACAACGCCUUAUAAAGACGGAAUUUACAAACUUGUAUCUCGUUAAAGAAAGGUUGUAGAUUGCAAAAAUACUUACUUUAAUGAAUAAAACAUUUUAUGAAAACUUUUGCACUUGUUUAAUUUUUAUUGUAAAAAACC